AUGGCUUCUGUGCGUGAGAGGGUCCAUGAGUUCGUCCGACGUGCCCGAAAGUCCAUCUCAAUCCACCGAAAACCAGCCAGGAGUACAGUCAACCAGAAACAGUCGGUCUGGGAAAGACUCCCGACGACUGUGCUUGUCAAGAUCCUGGCGCAAUGCGAGCUGAGCGACAUAUUCUCUCUCAUGCUCGUCUGCCGCCUGUUGCACCAGCGGAUCCGGGACCAUGAGCCCGCAAUUGCACAGGCCUAUCUCCACCACCGCAGACUCGACAAUAGCUUCAACGAGGAGGCAGAGAACGAGAUCAGCGCCUCGCCCGGGGACGACCUGUCCUUCAUCGCGGAUCUCUUCCCUCCGCCCCCGCCGCAGUACUCCAACAACAGCUGCACCGACGACCAGCCCGACUACACCCUCGGAUACAUGGCCGACCUGACCCGCUGCUGGCGAACAUGCAUCCGCCUGUCAUACUAUCUCGCCGCGCACGUCGUCCAGCACCAUCUCCAGACCGACCCCGUCGCGCGGCCGCUCUGGUCGUCCUCCAAGACCGAAAAGGAACUCGUCUACAGCAAAGGCAUCGGCCUCCUGCAAUCUCGCCUCAUAUACCCGAUGUAA